AUGACGCCAUCGUUCACAUACCACAUAAUAGCUGUGUACCCAUUGGCUACCUGCAAUCCUCCCGGCUGUCGGUGCGCUGAAGCAGUCAAAAAUCAAUCGCACGCAUGUAUCCAAAACAACUGUGAGGAGGCUGUCAUACGGUUGAUCGUCUACUCGAGCAAGACGGAGUGCAAUGCGACGGAUCAACAUUACCCAUUUGGAUACCCGGACUAA